AUGUUGCCGGUUACUGGUUUGUUGGUGUAUACGACGUUGUGUGACGUACAUUACAAGCAACGUGCUGUGAUUCAAUUUUCAGUGAAAUCUGGCGAAAAAGCCUCGAAAAUCCUCCGAAAAUUGCAGGUUGUCUAUGGAGACGAUAGCAUGUCAAAAACGAGUGUGUUUGAAUGCGCUAAGCGGUUUAAGGAAGGGCGUGAAUCGGUGGAAGACGAUCCACGUGAAGGAACUCCCGUCACCUUUCUCAUGUUGAUCACGUCAGACCGUCGCCUAAGCAUUCGUGCAUUGUCUUACGAGUUAAACAUCAACAAAAUAAAAACGGUUCGCAAGAUGUUUCACGAGAAUUUGAACAUUGGAAAGAUCUGCGCAAAGAUGGUGCUUAAAGUUCUCACCCAGGAACAAAAACACAUGCGGAAAUUGAUUUGGAAGGAUCUAAAUGAUCUCGCAUUCAGAGUGACGGCAGAGACUGGAUGA